AUGAUCACUUUUGUCACAGCAAUCUUGUUUGUGUCUGUGGUGGCUGCGAAUAACUGCAGCAUCGAGCCCAUUUACGUCGACUUUCACAACCGAGCAGUCGAUGGAGGAAUAACAUUCCAGUAUGGACUCUUUACCGGCAUCGGUAGCCCCAUCUCACAGAAUCUAUCCCUGUGGCCAUCAUUAUCAUACAAUGAGACGACAGUGGGAGGUUUGAACUAUUGUACGAACAGUCCGUUCCAGAAUUGCAUCAACCAAAGUCAUGGCUUUUAUUCGCCAGACCUAUCAGAUACAUACUCGUCCGCAGCAUCAUAUCAGCGACUGGACGUCCUAGGCUCGAUAGCCGCCACCGUCGUCGAGAGUGCUUUCGACACCUUCAAUCUCUUCACUCACUACUUCGAUCCGUCACCUCCAAAUCUUACCACUGUCUCGAAAUUUCCGGUCACGGUACUCUCGAACUACUCGGCAAAAACCACACCAUGGUUCGGUCCAGCUGGUCUGGUCGGCCUCGGCCCUUCGAGCACUCUUCUCCGACAUCUGUACGAUCUGAAUCUAGUUUCUUCCCGUUCGUUCGGUCUGUAUAUGGGAACCGCGUACGAUCAAUCAAACGGAGCCAUCAACGGGUCGUUGACGCUGGGUGGAUACGACUCCGGUCGUUUCGAGGGAGAAGUGUAUAACUUUACCAUCGCCGAGCCAAACCCUGAUGCGGACCGUAGUCCUUUUAAAGUCCUCGUUACGCAAAUAACCCUGGAUGCCGGGAAUGGGAGCAAGACGGAACUCCUGGACAGAUUCGACGCCUACAUCACGACAUCACAAUACCCACUCAGUCUCCCGCUCGGCGUGACCAAGAAGCUAGCCGACAUUACCGGAGCCAGUCCCUCAAACGACGCAGAGGACGUUCUCCGUCUUCCACCCGAUUUCGACGGUAUCUUGACCAUCACGCUUGAAGGUGGAUUAAACCUCACGUACGACUCCGAAUGGCUGCGCAACGUAUCCAACAAUUCACCCAUCUCUGCCAGUCCUCUGUCCUCCACAUCUCCUGACAACAACAGCUCAAGUACCACAAAACCCAAUGUCCUAGGGUCUGCAUUCUUGUCAAAUGUCUACUUCAUGGCAAACUACGACUCGCACCCACCUACGUUCCAACUGGCCUCGGCCCUCCCGCACGGCCUGUACCUCCAAACCAAGACUCUCUGCCCCGACACCUUGCCCGUUGCGGCCCAGACGACCAACGUCUCCCCCUUUGGACGCGCCGGUCUCACGGGAGCCAUCGUCGGCGGCGUGAUAGGCGGCAUCGGGUUCAGUUUCGCGUGCUUCUGGUGUUUUCGGAGGUACAUGCAACGCCGGAUGCGCAGGCAGGCGCAGGCUGCGGCGGCCGCGUCGGACCAUGCUGCUCUCGAUGGUACAAACCACGUCAAGGGCAAAAGCAGUAGCCCUUCGUCCCUGUCUGAGGAAGAGCGAGGGAGUUCCGAAAUGACCACAUUCGCGUUCGACUUCAACUCUCAAUCGCACCAGGCUUACCAAACAUACCUGGCUCGCCAACAGCAGCAACAGACCAAGCAGGGCAGGUCACCACCUCGACACCAACGCCAAUCGUCCACCACCUCUUCGGCCAUUCGCGCACAAGAAUACUUCCGCACCGUCGAUGAGGCGUACGGAGGCGCCGCCCCCAUGACCCCGGCGACGGGCGUGCCGCUGCUCCAGGCACAACAACCGCCGGCUGAAACCUUUACGCUCUCGCACGUCCAGACACGCACGCCGACGACUGGCUUGUACACUCCUACUGCAGUGCUGUCCAUGGGGGAGGACGCGUCGUCGUCACAGCUCCGCCGCACGAGCCAUGAACACGCUCGCAGGCAGGAAUUCGGAUUGAACGUACAGACGGAAUUUGCACCGCCGCCGAAAUCGUCGACCAGCACGGCCGUCUUGUCGGAUAGGAUCGCCCGCAAGGCCGUGGGCAACAAUGGAAGCAAAAAGGGGAGUAUGUUGAGAAGAGUGUUUCCUCCGCCACCGGGGUCCUGA